AAUAAGGUCAAAAUGCACCCUGGGCACCAGUAAAUAGUUAGGUUAAUUAAAUAACAAUAAUUAUAAAAUAAAAAUCAUAAAACAAUGAAUAUGGUGAAAAUUUUAUUCCAAAGAGAAAAAGAAAUAUUACCAGGAGGUUCAUUAAAUUGUUGUUCGAAAGUUAAUCCAAUGUUUUGAUGUACUGUAAACUGUUCAUGAUUGCUUAGUCUUAAGCUGGCAAGCUGGGCUAACUGAGAUUGUUCCAAUUCAUUACUUUCAAUGAGCUUUACUGGAUGUUUGCGGUUCCGUUUCAUUUCUUCCAAAUUGUGCCCAUUCCAAACUUCGGGAGGAAAUUCACUCCGAAACAUUUCCUCCCCACAGCUAGGGUAUUGUAACUGUCUGUUCAUGUCUCUUUUGUUAAUAACUUGUAAAACCAUACGAACUUGUUCAAGUAAUCUUACAGCUUCAGUAAUUCCUCCACUUGCAGCGAUCCACUCAACAGCUGCUGCUUCAGCUUCAUGAAAUCUUUGAAGUGUAAACAACGCAUGUACAAGCCUUUUCCAAACUCUAGCUCCAUUACUAUUGGCACUAUUACCUCCAUCUAGAAGUUUAAUGAUCUUUCUACAAUCUGAAACUACUGCUUCAUGCCUUCCUAGUUCAACAAAACACUCCGAACGACCCAAAAGAUAUAAAACUAUUCUUUCUUUAGCAACACCUUUUGCUAUGGCUUGGCUUAUUAAUUGGUCAAAGAGCUCUAAGGCCAUUACCCAUUCUCGAUGACGUAAAAGCUCAUGUGCUUGAGCUUCAAUUUCAUUCAUCUCUUCAAGUCCUUUGUUUUCACUAAUCUUGAUACAGGCAUAAACACACUAGGUACAAACAAAAGUAUAACGAGGGCACUAUACAAAGUCGGGGGUAUUUGUGGAAAUAGUAUCCGCCACUACAUGACAACUAUUUACAAAAUAUUUAUUUAAUAACUCGUAAAAUCAAAACAAACACACCGAUAGUUUUUAUUUCCCUAACAUCAACAACUGUCACUAUCAAAUGUCAACCAUUUUACACAAAGCGCAACAUCUUGUCACUGCCUGUUAUAUCAAUUGAGAAUUGUUCAAUUUGUUGAAAUUGAAACUGAAAUAUUCACAAAGAAAAAUAGUUUAGAACGUCCCUCUUACUAAAGAAAUAAUAAAAAAUCAACAAUUCCAAAGAAUACUGAAUGUAUACGGAGAAAAUGGAAUUCCUAAUUGUUAAUUCGUACAUGGAUUGGAAUUUUAAGGUUUUGGUCAUAUUAAAUUAAAAAUAAAAUUUCAUAUUCCUAUUUACCUAAUAGCUGUUACUAAAAUAAGUUAGAUUAUUAUUUUUUAAUUGUUGCCUAUAAAAAAGUUUCCAGAUUAGCGAUUAGGUUAUGAUUUGAAAUAACCUCACGUUCAGUUUGAUUUUUGUUUUCUAAAAGUAAAAUGACUGCGACCGCUAAAGCUAAUUUUCAGCCUGACACAGAUGUCCACAUUACAUUUGAAGACCAACAGAGAAUUAAUAAUUUCGCUAAACACAAUGCCAAAUUCGAAGAUUUAAAAGAAGAAUUAAAAAACAAACAGAAUGAACUAAGAAAUCUUGAAGAUGUGGUUGAAGAAUUGGAGUUAGUGGAUGAGACAGAACAAAUUCCUUUUUUAGUUGGCGAAGUUUUUAUUUAUCAAGACCUUGAAAAUACUCAGAAAUCUAUAGCUGCAAUGAAAGAAAAAAUCUUGUUGGAAAUCAAAGAUAUAGAGAAAAGGAGUGUAGGAAUUUCAGAAGCAAUGUCAGAUCUAAAAACCCUGCUGUAUGCUAAAUUUGGAAAUCACAUUAAUCUCGAACCUGAAGAAGACUAACCAUUAAAAUAUAUCUAAAUUAUGUUUUCUAAUUAUUUAUAACCCAUGAACGCUUUAAAACAAAUUUUUUAUUAAUUAUCAUAAUAAAGUAUUUUUUUGUUGCUUUACUGAAAGUA